UGGUUUCUACACUGUGAGUCAGUACUUGAAGUUUGUAAUUUUUGCACACAAACAAAUUUACAGUUGAUUUUUUUACAAUAUCAAAACCUCGGAUUGAUCGAAUGAUAGUGACUCGUGGCUUGAGGAUACUUCAUCUUUCGGAAUCACCACCUUUGUCGGCUGUCAUGACAAGUAAACAACAAUGCCUUUGUCAAAAAAACGAGGAAGUAUGACUAACGUCGACUACAAGGCUCGUCUAGAACAUAAAUUGUACUUGGCAAGGGAAAAUCCAGAGUCAACAUUUGACAUUUCAGAAUGUGCUCUAAAACAAGUACCAUCUGGAAUUUAUUCACUGUGCAGGGUGUUUCGAAAAAGAAAACUCUUGAUGAACAGCAACAAGUUAAAUUCACUCUCAAAUGGAGGUGCCUUAAGUGAUCUUUCUCUUCUUACUGUGUUAGACCUCAGUUUCAAUGAACUGAGCCAUUUGCCUUCUGAUAUAGGAUGUCUCGUUUCUCUCGAGGAAUUUUAUCUUCAAGAGAACAGCAUUUGGAAAUUGCCAAAUGAAAUAGUGCAUUUGCGAAAUUUGAGUGUCCUGAACGUCUCAAAAAAUAAUCUAAAACAAUUACCCGAGACUAUUGGACAAUUGAGGAAGCUCACAAAUCUAAAUCUUAGUUAUAACAAAGCCAUAAAAUGCCUACCAAAGUCUCUAGGUUACGCACAAAAAAUAACGCAGUUAGAAAUCGAAGGACUGAAUCUUUCCUAUCCUCCAGAGGAUAUUCUCACUGGAGGGGUUAUUGUGAUAAUAGCAUUUUUAUCGCAAGAAUGUGGCAUAGAAUAUAAUCCAGAUGAUUCCAUUGUAGAGACUGAACAAAUAAAAGACGUAAAUAAGGAACAAAUUAGAACACUAUAUCAGAAUAAGGACAAUGACACUCAGGCAACAUUGCUUCUACUAGAAAAAGCAAAGGAACAAAGGCAAAGUGCACUUUUGGAAGUUGAGAGAAAUAUGAAACGACAGCAAGAGUUUGAACUCGAAUUACAAUCGAUGCUCAAAGGCCAUAAGAAAAAGCUUUUACAAGACUUAGCAUUGCAACAAACACAACUCGAACAGGAAAUUGAAAAAGUACAACAAGAAAGGGAUGUUAAUAGAGUCAAAUUACUUUCACACAUUUUUAAUGCUGAAAAGGAAGCAGAUACUGUUAUAAAACAGUUCUUGAUAUCUAGUGAAGAAGAAAGACUGAGUCAAGCUAAACUCGUAGAGAUAGAAAAACGAGAGGAAAUGCAAUUGCUCACUGCAAGUUGUUCAGAACAACUUUUGCUUCGCACAAAAGACACCCUCAUUUCGAUGGAAGAACUUCUAGAAGAAGAAUUAUUCAGAGAAAAGAAGCUCGCAGAAUAUACUAAGUUUAGAGAUUAUAAUGCUCGUUCACUGCUAAGCAUAGAAGUGAAAAACAAUUACCACCUCAAUCAAAUUAUGCAAGAUCACGAACGAAAUAGACAAGAUUUUGUUGAAAGCUUAAGAAAGGAUGAAGCAUUACAAAAAGCUGCUGUUACUGCUUUGCUAGAACUUAGCGAUGCCAGAUCCUGGAGUAUAGUGCAGCAAGUUAAUUUAGUCCAAUUACAACUUGCAGCUCUCACUAAUGUCGAACUCGAAAGAAGAAAGCUGGAAAUGAAUCAGCAGCUCAACGACAUCGCUGAUAAAAGAGUGACUUUAAGUGCAAUACUUCUGGAUCUAUUGGAACAACAAGAAAAACGAAGAAAAGAGCUUCUGGAAACAAUCAAACAGAUUGAAGAGCAACGGGGCACAAAUAGUUUGAGAAGAGACAGUCUCUUCUGGUUAGCCCAAUACCAAUCACUGAUGGAAACAAGACCUCAAGGCCUUUUGGAAACUUUGGAACUAACUUUGGUUCGACAUAUGGCCAUAGCUGGAGUUUUGCAUUGUUUGCCUUUUUUGACCACACUUCCAACAAUUUUACCAGAUAUUACUGAUGAACAACUAAAACUAAUUGGAAUUCACAGCAAGAGUGACCGAAAUGCGAUAAAACAGGCAGUAGAAAAUUAUCUUGCAGAGAAGAAAUUGAAUUCCGAAGAGCCCAUAAUUAUGCCUUCUGCGCCUUUGAAAUUUUCUCCUACAGCUCCUCUGGACGACUGCCCUACUGCUCCUCAAGAAGAAAAACCUUGCACUAGUACAUCUAAUCAAGAAAAUUCUGUACAACGAAUUAAUCUCACAGAAUGUGUUGUUUGUUUAGAUGCCCAAUGUGAGAUCAUUUUCCUUCCUUGUGGACACCUUUGCUGCUGCACGGUUUGUACCGAAAUGAUAACUGCGGAAUGUCCCAUGUGUCGAAGUUCGAUAAACCGAAAAAUAAGAGUCAUUCAACCUUGAAUCAUUCCUUCUCGAAAGUCUCCCAAAUAAAAUUUCGGAACUCUUCCCGUUUUACAAUCAUUUUACGUUAAGUUUUCGCAUAAUAAAUGUAUAUCUUUGUUUUUAAUGCUCGAUUGUAAAUACAAAACUUGCAGUAAGUUUGGAUAAAAUGUAAUACUAGCAAAAACUUGAUAAUUGUUCAUUGCAAGUGGUUGAAAAUAUCUUCGACAGAUUUUUAUAGCACGAGCGUUUUGUAAUUAGUCUUUAAUUAGUGUUUUCUACCAAAGUUUGAAUUAGCACGUAGUAGUUUGUAUAGCAUUUCUAAAAUAGGUUGGAUUUUCGAAAAAACUUUUGAAGAGUAGAGCAGUUUUAUCAAAUUAAAUAUUAAAAAUUACAAUUUAAAACUAUAGAUGAAAGCCGAACUUUGAAGAAAUUCUCCUCUACUCUUCAUUUGUAAGAAUAUACACAUUGUGAUAAAAUACCUACUCCAUAUUGAUAAGUUUUUGAGGCCUAGAGCCAUCCUUGUGCCAUUAUACGAAAAAAUAUUGCGUCCUUUCGAAAAUUAUGAUCAAAAUUUCUUAAUUUAUAAAUUUUCAAAAGGGCUCUCAAUUCAGAGACCGUACUUAGAAUAGGUAAGAAAUUAU